CACUCCUUCUCCCAUGUAACUAAACUGCUGUCUAGCACAAACAAAAGUGAAACGUGUAGCCCGAGACUGAAUUAGGCGGGUCGCUUAGGCAACAUUGCAGCGGUAAAUUGCCUUCAACUGCAGUGAGACUGUGUAUCCAGAAAUUGCGACAUCAGGUUAAAUGGCAGUGACCACAGUAGCAGAUAUCCAGCGCAUGGCAGAGGCCAAGAUGGAGGAAGGCGCGAAGACAUACAUCGCCAUCGGGGCAGGUGAUGGACAGACCCUCAGGGAGAACAUCGAAGCCUUCAAGAGGAUACGCUUCCGGCCGCGGAUUUUCGUGGACGUGGAAAAAGUGAACACCACGACCUCCAUCCUGGGCCGUGCAGUCUCCUUCCCAGUGGGGCUGUCUCCGUCAGCGGCUCACAAGUUGGUAAACCCUGCAGGAGAGAUCGGCUGUGCUCAAGGCAAGGCCUCAAAUUGUGUCGUCUGCACCUCUCGAUUUGUGACUUUUUCGGUGAAGACUUCUUCUUUCCUAUGCUGCGACCUUUCGGCUAGUGGUGUUUAGGAUAAAGGGAAUCAUAUCGCUGACAACUCUAUG